AUGGCGGUGUGCGACUUCGCAGAAACCUUCCAGGCGAUCACGGUGAUGCCACAGGGCUGGCUUCCGUCGAACCAGGUGGGUUGGACCAAGCUGAAGCUGCAGCAGGUCUUGAAGACCUACCGCGGAGACCCGGCGCGGGUGUCCCUCACCGGCCAAUCUGCCGGAGGUUCUGGCGCUUGGCACUUUGCAUCGCUUCGGCCGUCGCUGUGGGCUUCGGUGAGUGUGGUUUGUGCCCCUGCACCGCCCGAGCUGGCGGAAAGCUUGGAAGGUCUGCCGAUCUGGGUGAUUGGAUGGACAGGCGACGGAGAGAUGGGCAACGACGACAUCGUUUCUGCCCUCAAGCGCCGGCGAUCCGGCUCAGUGCGGUACACAAGAUACACGAUUGCGCCGGCCCCGCCCGAUCCUCUCUACAGCUUCAUGGUCGGCCAUGCUAGUUACGACUUGAUCUAUCGUGACCCACGUCUGUGGCAGUGGGCCCUGUCGCACCAGAAGCCCUCUGCCAAAGAAGCAUGGGGCCUGGUAGAUGAGCAUGAUACCAUAGGACCCUAG